AACUAUGUGAAUUAAACUACAGAGGAAAAAGACGAUUAAAGCAACUAUCUCACCUAUGUAGGCAAUCAAAUAUGAAAAUGUAGCCCAUGAAAUAAUAUAUUUAGAGACGGCAGUGAGUGUUAUUACUGCUGAAGGGUGUGUCUCUAUAGUGAGUGUGUGCGCAGUGAAAGAGGAGGUCUUCUUGGGCAAACUGAACCCAGUCUCUCCACCCUUUUGCUCAGCGCUGCCAGACUACCUCAUCCGCAUACAGCUUCUUAUAAAUCCACUUUUUUUAUCGCUUGUUUACCGGAUUAUACCCUACACCGAUUUAUGCGGACUUUUCUACGACUUGUUCUCCAAGCUGCACUACGGAAAUCUCUUUGAAAUCAUACGGGAUUGAAACCAGAAGUGCCAACCACAGGAAUCGGGUUGUGUGUGUAUUUCCACAGCAUUUCCCAUUUGUGUGUGUGCGUGUGUGUGUGUUAGUGUGUAUGUGUGUGUGGAACUCUACGGGCCCAGAGUUUUCAUUCUCAGUCUAAAAAGAUGUACCAAGUUGUAAGGAAGCUGUUUUUUACGGACUGUCGGUGUGCUGAGGAUGCGUCCAAAACGUACGAGGAGCUGUUCGCUAAACUGGACACCAACAAGGAUGGGAAAGUGGAUGUUUCCGAGCUGAAGGCGGGCCUGGCUGCCAUGGGCAUCCAAACUGGGAAAGGAGCAGCUCAGAAAAUAGUUUCCUCCGGAGACCAAAACAAAGAUGACGGGCUCGACUUCAACGAGUUCUCCAAGUAUCUGAAGGAACAUGAGAAGAAGUUACGACUGACCUUCAAGAGCUUGGACAAAAACAAUGAUGGCCGAAUAGACUUCACAGAAGUUCAGCAGUCACUUGCAGAUCUAGGGCUAGACAUCAGCAAGGAGGAGGCAGAGAAGAUCCUUCAAAGUAUUGAUGUGGACGGCACCAUGACUGUGGACUGGAAUGAAUGGAGGGAGCAUUUCCUGUUUAACCCAGCUACCAACCUGCAGGAGAUUAUCCGCUACUGGAAGCACAGCACGGUGCUGGACAUUGGUGACAGUCUCGCCAUCCCAGAUGAGUUCACAGAGGAGGAGAAGACCACUGGUCUGUGGUGGAAGCAGCUAUCGGCGGGGGCCAUGGCAGGCGCGGUGUCCCGUACAGGCACCGCCCCGCUGGACAGAAUGAAAGUCUUCAUGCAGGUGCAUGCCUCCAAGAGCAACAAAAUCAGCCUGGUUGGUGGUUUCAAGCAAAUGUUAAAAGAAGGAGGCGUGGCGUCUCUGUGGAGAGGAAACGGUAUUAACGUCCUGAAGAUCGCCCCCGAGACGGCCAUUAAAUUCAUGGCCUAUGAGCAGUAUAAGAAGCUGCUGUCCAGUGAACCAGGGAAGGUCAAGACCCACGAGAGGUUCAUGGCUGGAUCGUUGGCUGGAGCAACAGCACAAACAGCUAUUUACCCCAUGGAGGUGAUGAAAACCCGACUGACCUUGAGGAAGACGGGACAGUACUCAGGAAUGUUCGACUGUGCCAAGAAAAUCCUGAAGAAGGAGGGAGUGAAGGCGUUUUAUAAGGGCUACAUUCCCAAUAUUCUGGGCAUCAUACCCUACGCUGGGAUAGAUCUGGCAGUGUACGAGAGCUUGAAGAACGUCUGGUUGGCUCGCUACGCCAAAGACACAGCCAACCCAGGUGUUCUGGUGCUGCUGGGCUGCGGGACCGUCUCCAGCACCUGUGGCCAGCUGGCCAGCUACCCCCUGGCUCUGAUCCGCACCAGGAUGCAGGCACAAGCGUCCAUGGAAGGCUCAGAGCAGCUGCCAAUGAACCUGAUGGUGAAGAAGAUUCUGGAAAAGGAAGGCUUCUUUGGACUUUACCGUGGCAUCCUGCCCAAUUUCAUGAAGGUCAUCCCGGCUGUCAGCAUCAGCUACGUGGUGUAUGAGUACAUGCGUUCUGGCCUGGGUAUUCAGAAGUAGAGAGCAGAGCAUUUUUAUUUUGAAACACUUCCCUUCCAACAUAUUCGGGAAACUGUCACGUAAGGAACUUGUUUACCUGUAGGUCACCAAAGUCUGGACUCAAACUGCUGCAGAUGGAGCCAUUGUAGAAGUUUUAAAAGUAAUUGCAGGACUUUGACUAAACACUUGAGCCA